AAGCGAGCACGCGAGCCAACCAACCGUCAGUGCGCGCGGGUCGGUCGCGCGCGGUGGUUGGUCGUGCGAAUUAACCUGGUGAAUCUGCGUGUGAGCGGUGAGCGUCGCGUGUGCGCGAGUGAAAUAAAGCGAGAUGGCGAACACCGACGACGUCGGCAUCGGCGAUUUCGUGCUGCUGGACGAGAUUACGGUUGAACGCGUGGUGCAGAAUCUCAAGACGAGAUUUAACGGAGGGAAAAUUUACACCUACAUCGGCGAAGUAUGCGUUAGCGUGAAUCCGUAUAGAAGCACCAACAUCUACGAUGCGGACCAAAUUAAUAAGUACAAAGGUAGAGAACUAUUCGAAAAUCCGCCGCACAUCUUUGCGAUCGCGGAUGCGGUGCAUAAAGAGAUGAAGCAACAGGGCAGAGACACGUGUAUAGUAAUAAGCGGCGAAUCAGGCUCCGGUAAAACGGAAACUAGCAAAAUCAUUAUGAAAUAUAUCGCCGCCGUGACGAAUCUAAGCGGACAGCAAGAAAUCGAGAGGGUAAAGAAUAUUCUCAUUCAAUCGAACUCGAUAUUGGAAGCGUUCGGCAAUGCAAAGACGAACAGGAACGACAACUCGUCACGAUUCGGAAAGUAUAUGGAUAUCAAUUUCGAUUUCAAGGGAGACCCCGUGGGUGGUCACGUGACCAAUUAUCUCCUCGAGAAAUCGCGAGUGGUCUAUCAGCAAAAGGGAGAACGCAAUUUUCAUUGCUUCUAUCAGUUACUAAAUGGCUGCAGCGAGACCGAAUUGAACAAGCUACGUUUGGUCCGCGACCCGGCCGCGUACUACUUUGUCGGCAACGGAAGUAAUAAUAAAACGAACAUCUCUGACAGAAGCGACUAUAAAGCCGUUUGCACUGCCAUGUCUAUCCUCGGAUUUUCCCCGAAUGAGAUGCAGACCGUGUGGAAUAUCGUCGCUGGUAUUUUGCAUUUGGGUAACGUCACCUUCAGAUUGGACGACGAGAAACUUAUAAUUGAAAAUAAUAGCGCUUUAAAUGACACGGCCAACUUGUUCUCCAUAAACUCGAAAGAUCUGAGCACUGCUCUUUCGCAGAGAGUCAUAGCGGCAGGUGGAGAAGUUAUGCAGAAGACUCACACUUUAAUAGAAGCCGAGUAUGGCCGAGACGCUCUGGCAAAGGCUAUAUAUGAGCGAUUAUUUACAUGGAUAGUGUCGCGAGUCAAUGAUUCAAUCAACGUGAAUGAUAACAGUAGGGUGAAGAGAUACGGAACGUUGAUCGGCGUACUCGACAUCUACGGCUUUGAAAUUUUCGACAUGAAUAGUUUUGAGCAGUUUUGCAUCAAUUAUUGUAACGAAAAACUGCAACAACUCUUCAUCGAGUUGGUGCUGAAACAAGAGCAAGAGGAGUAUCAGAAGGAAGGGAUUGCUUGGCAAAACAUUGAAUAUUUCAACAAUCAGAUUAUCUGCGAUUUAGUUGAACAAGCUCAUAAGGGAAUUAUAGCAAUCAUGGAUGAAGCUUGUCUUAAUGUCGGGAAAGUUACUGACGAGAUGCUUCUCAAUGCAAUGGAUAAAAAAUUAGCAGACCAUAAACACUAUAGCUCUCGACAAUUAAAGCCAAUGGAUAAAGAAUUAGAACACAGAACAGAGUUCAAGAUCAAACACUAUGCUGGCGAUGUGGUUUACAAUAUCAACGGCUUCCUCGAUAAAAACAAAGACACGCUCUUUCAAGACUUUAAACGCAUGCUCUAUAAAAGCAAUAAUUCCGUAAUUAGUAAAAUGUGGCCUGAAGGUGCCCAAAAUAUUUUGAAGACGACAAAAAGGCCUUUAACUGCUGGCACAAUGUUCCGCAAUUCUAUGAUCGCAUUGGUGAAGAAUUUAGCGAGUAAAGAACCAUUUUAUGUCAGGUGUAUAAAACCUAAUGAAGUAAAGUCUCCCGUCGUGUUCGACGAUGAGAGAGUAAAUCAUCAAGUGAGAUAUUUGGGACUCUUAGAGAAUAUAUUGGUGAGACGAGCUGGUUUUGUAUACAGGCAACGAUACGACAGAUUCCUGAAAAGAUACAAAAUGAUAUCACAAUACACAUGGCCGAACUUCCGAGGUGGCAACGACAAGGACGGUGUACGCACGUUGAUGGAAGAGAAAAAUUUCUCAAAUGACGUUAAAUAUGGUCACACGAAAAUAUUCAUUCGCUCGCCGCAAACUCUAUUUGCAUUAGAAAAGGCUCGCAGCGAUUUAAUACCAGGUAUCGUGGUCCUUCUGCAGAAGCAAUGGCGAGGGUACCUCUGUCGUCAAAAGUACAAGAAGAUGAAGGCCGCGUUAAUUCUGAUAGAUCACUAUAAAAGAUACAAACGACGCGUUUAUAUCAAUGAGCUCGAGCGAACAUUCAGAAAUGCCAAGAACAUGCAGAAUUAUGGCAAGCAUUUACCGUGGCCGCGCGAAAAUUUCGCUGUAAGACACGUGAUGCCCGCCUUAAAGAACAUGUAUGCGAGAUGGCGGGCGUGGAUGGUGCUCAGAGUGAUUCCUCGGGAAGAUUGGCCACAACUACGAUUAAAGAUGGCAGCGGGUGCUGUGUUGCGUUCUAAGAGAUCUUACUGGGGCCAGGACCGUCGCUGGGAAGGAAACUACUUGUCUAAGCCGGACGAAAACCCUCAGAGCGAUGUCUUCAAUUCCUCGAUAAACAAUCUUCGAAACACUGAUCACUUCAAGACUGUCUUAUUCAGCGCAUUUAUCAGAAAAACCAACAGGUUUAACAAGCCAGCAGAUCGCGUUCUAGUGGUGACGGAACAUGCUGUGUACAAGCUGGACGACGUGAGAUUUAAAAACAUGAGGAAAGGCAUGCCAAUCGCGGAAAUCACCGGUCUCAGCGUUUCGCCAGGAAAGGAUCAAUUUAUCGCGAUACAUUCGAAUCGCGGAAAUGAUUUUAUUCUGUCCAUCACUGCCAAAGACGACAGGAUCGGAGAACUAGUCGGCAUACUGAGCAACCGAUACUAUCAAUUGCGCGGCGCCGAUCUACACGUAACAGUGGACAUCAAGUUUAAGUGCAUGCUAGGCAAUAAAAGCAGAUUGCUACGCAUUGAGGUGAUGCCCGACGUGAAUGAACCUACAUUCAGGAAAGACGGUAAUCAAAUUAUUUAUGCCAUUCCACCAUCGGUGAGCAUCAUUGACGGUGGCACUAAUACUAGACAACAAAUUCGCACGGCAAGUUAAAAUCUGACAAGCUAUUUGAAGUGCUGUACUACGUAUCGGAUAUAUUUUGUAAUAAUAUAUAUAAAUUAUACAUGCUGCGCGCCAUAAUAAUACUAUUGUUCAGAAAAUCCGCUUAACAAUUUCGCGAGACAUCAGAUUUCGCGUUUGAAAGUUUUCCCAGUUGAAUCGAUUGUUCCACAAUAUAUAAUUUUUCUGCAAUAUUAAUAUUAAUCACGUUAUGAUGCAUAUAGAUGCAAUGCAAUUUUGUUAUGAUAAAAUUCAAUUGAAAAUCCAAUCAAUGUUUGCAUUUAUUACGUAAUCAGUUCAAUUUAAAUAUGAUAAAAAAUUAAAGAAAUAUUAACAUUUUUUUAAAAUCAAAUGCUAAAAAGUUUGAGACUUUUUCAACUGUUCUAUGCCUGCAUAAUAAACAUAUGUCCAAAAUACGCAAAAAAAAAAAAAAUAUUCAUAUUGCAGUACAAGUUAAUUAUGUGAUAUAUAUAAGUCACUUUGAGCGUACCAUAAAUUUUAUAAAUGCCGGUAUAUUGCGUCAAGUGUGUUGUGCACACAUGACGCAUUUUUUUCUGUAAAUAUGAUAUAAUAUUAUAAAUGUUGUUAGCUUACAACGGUGCAAGGACGAAAUGUAAAUUUACGAAAGUGAGUUUCACCGGAGUAUAAUAGUGAAUGCAUAAUUUAUAUACGAGAUAAUUUAUAAACCAUCUAUGUGGAAUUUUAUUUUCCACAAAAGAAAAUUCUAUCAAUGUUACGACAAUUAUACAGAACAAUUUUUCAUUAAUUCCAACGUACUAUAAGCUUGUGGCCUUCUACUUAGUAUCAGAUAGAUCAGAAUAUUUUUUAAAGCUUUUUUACAUAAAUACAUAAAUUAUAUCGAAAACAGAAGAGUAACAAGAGUAAGAUAUGCAAUUUUACACCAUAGUGCCUGCCAAUUGGACACAAAAUGUAAUGAGUCAAAUGUAUUCUUUUCUAAAGAAAAUUUUGCAUCCUUCCAUGUACUUAGUUUAAGAAGAUACUUGAGAAAUGUAGGAAUAUAUAUAUAAAUACGUGUAUGAUUAAUCAAAAUAUAUGUAUUAUUUUACGAUUGUUUUGAUGUUAAUUCGAUUUAACACGCGAAAAUUAUUGUAUAUUGCGAUAGAUGUCAUUAAUUUAGUACUUAUGCAUUUAUGAAGCAUUUGUUAGAAACAAAAUAGUCUGUUCUUUUUUUUAGUUUAUAUUUCUAUUUCUAUAUUUAUAAAAAAACGAUUAUGUUAUUUUGAUUGGUAUAAUUGUGAUCACAAAGCACUCUAAAACAUGUUGAGAAUAUCGUGCCAUUAUUAGAAAAUAAAAUAAAAUUUUCAU